AUGACCAGUGGACUGAAUUUCGUAGAACGUCGGAAUUCGAGUUUUAAAAUCGCGAUGCCAAAAUUAUUCAUUUUCACAUUUUCGACACUCAAAGUUCGAAACUUCGGAAAGUAUUCAGCACUUUUUUGAGCAUGCUCUUUGAGUUUACCUCCAGUGGAGAGCCAAUUUCAAGAACGUUGCUAAAUAUACCGCAUUGUGCGAUUUUUAACUGCUUGGGUGGUUUUUUCCACUUGGCAAGGGUGAAUUUAUUCUCAGUAGUCAGAUUUUUGAGCAAUCUUUGGAGUCCUCAAAACAAAACACGAAUUUAAGGACUUUUUACUUUUUCAAAGAGUUAUUCGAAGUGUUUUCUUUUUGCUCUCGACUUAAUUUUUACUUAAAAACUUUUUUUCACAAGGAGUUGUUGCUUCAUAGUCAAAGUUUUUAACUCACUACUUUCUUCGAAAUUCCGAAAAAUAUCGAGGAAAAACUUAUUAAUUAAAUUGAAACGAUUUUUUUCAUCGAGGGUUUUCAGAUUUCAUACAACCUUAGCACAAAAAGCUGAGAUACAUCUCGAUGAUCCAACACUUGUUUUUUUCAUUUUAUUUUAGCUUUUUUUUUAAAAAUUAAACAAGAUGAGAUAGCGCGCAAGUAGUUUCUGGUCGGUCGCGGCGAUUUUCUUGGAGCAGAAAUACAGCUGUAUGUUACAGUUUUGUGAAUUUGGUGCAUUGAACUUAUUCCCGCCAAGACGCGUCGUAAGUUGUGAAAAAAAAGAAAUUCAGUCAAAUUUCAUGAAACUGUCGAAGCGCAAUAUCGCUUGAAAGACAAGAAGAUUUCUGAAACUCUCAGCUUCUUUCUGUCACUUUUUUCUUUCAAAGCGAAUUUCGUCGCUUUCUCAGUAUGCUCGAUCUUUUGUUCACAAUUUCAUUUUCUCAAUUUUCUUUCUGUUGUACUUCGCCAAAGGUCAUGACGCACGAAGUGAAAGCUCAGCAAAACUUGACCGGCACUUUUCCUCGACACAAAAGCAUUCAGGCGAAUUGUUGAGCUUCUGAAGGACCGGUCUCUGAGCGCGAUGUCGUCACGAGGGCGGAGCCGGUGCCACUGGCUGGACGUGGGCGAACGCCGGAAGGCCCAUUUCAGACGACCGACGUUGCAAAACAGGCAGUCGGCUACGACGACGGAGGGCGGGCUUUCGCCUCAGCUGACAUCACUCCUUUCUCGCACCGUCUUGGCGGAGAAGCGCUUUCUGUUCCUCCAACUUACUUGGUUUUUCUCGCCUCAGCUUGUUGGGUAUGUUGUGAGAAUGCUCAUUAAACCUUUAUUUCUAUAGUUUUAUUUUUGGACUUCGAAACCUUUUCAAGGCACACUUUUCGAACAGGGAAAGCUUUCCCUUGUAGAGAAAAUAUUUCUUUUCUGCGGGAAAUAACCGACAAUGCGCACUACCGUACUUUCAUGGAUUCUAAAAGAAUGCUGUCUUUUUCUCGUCUCGUUUUCAACACUUUCUUUUGGAAUGUCUCAAAAAAUUCAUAAGAAAUGAGUCCUAUCGUAUUUUCAAAAGCUCAGCAAAAAUUUUUUUGCUUUUUAAGCGCCAUUCUUUGCUUUGAUUCAAAAGAAAAACUUCUUUUCUUUUCAAAACACGGGAUUUUCUGAGACUUGUCACAACAUAGCUUUUGUAAAUAUCACACCCAAGCGUACAGAUGUGAGAUCAACGAAAACAAUAAUAAUGACUUAAUUUCGCAUUUUAUGAAAAAUCCUUCAAGCAGCAUAUUUCCUCAUUGUUUCCAGCCAACAAGUUGUUUUUGUAUCAUUUUUGACUUUGAACUGUUUUUUCGUUUCAAAAACUUUGUACACGAUUUUUGGCGAUAAUAAUUAAGAACGACUUGUCUUUCUCUGGUUUUCGAUUUGUUUCCGAGGAAACCAAAAAAAAAAACUUCCCCGAUUCAAAUUAUGCCUAAUUCGAUAGAAGGAAAACAUGAACCGGAUGUACCAAAAAAAGUUAUUUUUGGCUGUUAUUCAAUCAAUCAACGCUUCCAAAAAUAUCACGUUGAUUCCUUUCAACAAAUUAACGUGGCGAUUCCCUUAAGGCAACUGUUUUUUUGGGCAUCGGCUGCUAAUUCGAGCAGAACUCGUUCUCAAACAAAACAACGGCGUUAACAAGUUCAAGCGGAAGAAAUCGUUUUGCGCGCCACCGGAAACGCGCCAGGGAUUCGACAUACCAGGUCAAUUAACGAGGCACCAACAGACUUCCUCCAGCUUUCCCCAUUGAUUCCCGCGAGUUUUCGGUUGGAUCAGGAAUACAUAUCCAGCUUUUUUCAAUAAUUCAAAUUUCAGGCUUUUUUGAAGUUCAACUUGAGAGCUUCUUUUUUUGAUUUUUGUGAUUUGACGGUGCUGGGCAAUUUUUCAAAGCGACCCUGUCAGAAAAGUUUUCUUAUUUUGAGCAGCUAUGGUCAAUAUUUCUUGAUCAACUGAGUCAUUUCUUUGAUUUUGCUUCUAUUUCAAAGGUUUAACUUGAUUUUUUGAAGCCGCAACCCAACAAUGUUUUGAGUUCUAUUUGAUUGAAAGAAAAUCAAAAAAAUGAAACUUUUACACGAUUUCUGGCUUGACUUAACUUGAAAAUCUCUUCAUUUUCGAACUUCAGUUGAGGGGAAUCCAUGAGAUAACGAUUUUUCUCUUCUGAUCCGAAACUUCAGUUAUAAAAUUUGAAAAUCUUUUUUUUUACGAAUUGAUCUCUUCGACGGAAAAAAAUGACUUACCCUAUUAUUUGACAAUUUUUUUCCCUCAAUUCCUGAACUUUUCGACAAACAAUUCUGCUUCUGAUCUCACGAUAGUUAAUUCAUUUCCGGCUGCGCAUGGUCAAACAUGUCCCACUGCAAAUUAUGGUUGAAAUCACCCAACCGCACAAAAUUACUGUUCAUUUGGCCUGACGGCGCCGGCCGGCGCGAAUUCACCGAGUUUUGUGUCGAUGAAGUUCAAAAUCGCGAGGUCGUUCAGUGAGGAACGACCAGGAAUCGCCUCGUCUUUGUCCUUUCCGACCAACUUGUGACUGAACUUCCAUUAUUUAUCAGCCGGAUUAUAAUCCAUAUCUUUCCCGUCCCGUACUUGGUACUAAUCUUCUUGGAAUUUUGUUUACAGUUUGAUCACAAUGAUCUGUUAUCACGACCUCACUUGCUGCCUUUCUUUUCGUCCAAGCUUUCCAGGAGCCAUUUUUUAUAUUCUCCCUUUUUUCUAAACGUAGUUUGGAGCUUUUAUAAUCGCUCAUAAUUGUUUCAUUUUUGAGCCAUCGUUUUUCUUUUUUUUUUUUGCCUUUUCAAAUAGUUUUCGCCACUCCUUUUCUCCACUUCUAUUGACUUCUUUUUUAUGUUUUCUCCCGUUCAUUUUUAGUUCCGCCGCAAGUUUUUACGUUUCAUUGACUCUUGGCUUCCAGGAUUAUUUAUGAAAAACGAGUUUUGAGCACAGCUCCGUAAUUAUGUAUCCGACAAUUAUCGCCGGUCUUUUGAUGAUGCAAGUUGGACAAGCAGUUUGUGAGCGUCUCUUUUUGGAUUUUAAGGAAUAAUUAUGACUUUUCAGUCUCGUCCUGCUUCUUCUUGCCCAACAUGAACCUCGAAGGAGGAACUUUUGAAGAGUUUCCUACACAGCAUAUCCGAGACUGCUGUGUACGAUGUGCAGAUAUUCCUUGCUGUAUUGCUUACACUUUCAACCAAUCUGAAAAUCGGUUGGAUCAGAAGAAAAUUUGGAAAAUUAUGGAGAAAUUCAGUUGUUAUCUCAAGUCUUCGAUCGGACAGUCUACAGAAGAUAAAACGCAUACAAGUGGUCUGAAAUCAAAUUCACACUCAGGUUUGUUUUUCGAAUGAUGUAAGAGGCUAGAAACAGGAAAGUUCUUUGAUAAUCAGUCCGAAGCUUUUAAAUAAUAGUGUUUCAAAAAAAGUUUAAUAUUUCGAAAAAUAGGCUGAAAAGCUCUUGAAAAUGUCAGUUGGAAUUUCUAGAAACCACAAGAGCUUUAGAACUUUAUCUUAAUUUUUUUAGUAUAAAAAAAGCUUUGUGGCGCUUUUUUUCCUCAAGCAAAGCGUGAGCAGCCAUUUUUGAGCUUUUGGUUUCAAAAUUUUUGCGGUUAGACAGGGCCUGGUUUUGAAGAGUCCUACGGAAAGGAAUCGAGCAAUUCACGGAAGAUUUUGAGCUUCCAACGCAAAUUACCUUUCUUGAGAAUUUUUUUCUGAGCUGAAACCGUAGUCUGUUCAUAAAUUCUCGUGAAAGUAUUCGAGAGCGCAAAAAUCUUAAAUCACUCGAAAAGGCUGUUAAAAGGGCUCUUCGCCUUGAGGCCUUGAUCAAAUUUGCUCUUUCAAAGACCUCAGAAAGCAUUUUUCGAACAGGCUAUACACGUGAACGUGAGCUGAAUGAGAAAGAGGGAAUUUUCUCGGAAAGUGUCCGAAAAACGAAAUUAGAGUGCGCAUAUCUUCCACGUCACUCACCCAUCCAAUAUAACUCGAAUAAAUUGGUUUUUUUUUUCUGGAAAACUUUCUCGAGUCUGCCCUUUAUGAAGUUUUCUCUGAGGUUAUUCUUGAUGAAUUUUCAGGAAAGGGCGUGAAAAUGAGGAACACCAAGAUCUACGGGGAUCGAGAAGCGCGGGUUGCCCUUUCCAAUCUUGAAGAAUGUCAACAAUAUUGCACGAGUAAGUUUUCGUUGUCCUCUGUUGUUGUAAAGAAUUAGUGUAACUGCCCCGACGAUGAAGCAUUCGUCGGUGUGAAAGUUUGGCAGACACUAAUUGUCGGAUCUGGCGACUUCCGGUCCAACUAAGGAGAGAAUACAAUGGAAGUUUUUGGUGGAGGGACGUACACGCUUGAGAAACCUGUUAUAUUGGUGGGAAUAUGUGGACGUUUCCGCUCCUCGUUCGGUUCUCCAAAUACUCGCAGAACAUAAUCAAAUCAAAUCAACCAGUGAUUGUACAGGCUGCUUUCUGAGAAGUGGUUUCGGUUUGAGAAAUGAACAGAGACCGAUUGAUUUUGAGAAGAAAAAUGUUUUUGAAGUUGAAUUUGGACGUUUCGGAAGGGUAUGAAAAAAUUUUGAGUCCGCAAAAUUUCGUGAGCGUCAGUUGUGCAUACACCCAUCAAAAAGUUCAAAUUUGGAAAAAGAAAAAAAAUCUUCGACCCAAGAACUCUUUUUUUCAAGUUUUCAAAAACUGUUUUUACAGCUCACUUCGACAAAAAAAUCAAAGUAUACUUCUUCUUUUUUUCUAUAAUUUUUAUUGGAACUUUUUAUCGGUUUUUCACUAUGUCAGAAUGAUCUUGGCUUUGUUUUUGACUAACUAAUUCACAAAAAAACAGUUUGAUGAACUUUGAUCGUCAGACUUAAGACUCCAGACAAACAGUUUCCUUAUUUUCUUUUUAUGAUUUUUUUUUGUCGGGUUGAGAUUUCGCGUAGUUUUACAACUUAAUUUCCACUUUUAAAGCCACCUAAAGUACAAGGCGCCUCAAUUUUGAGUGAUUUCUUAGUAGAAGGGGCGGAAGAUCACACAAAAAAUAAGGUUCUCUUAGAUGAGAAAAAUUAUUUUUUUGGUUUUUUUAAAAUUGAAUAAACCGCCAUUGAUGAAAGUGUGAAACUAUUUUUUUCUAUUCCAUAUCCCCAAAAAGUGAAAUAAUUGGGAUCAGUGGUCAUUUCACUGGAAAAGGUCUUGUGUUCAAGAAACGGAACUUUUGGCUCAAGAGCUUCUGAAAAAAUUCGAAUUUUUCAUCGGCAUUUUUCUAGACCGCUUUUUUUGUACAGUUGUACUUCAAUAACCCUCAAAAUUUUCUCAAAUUGUUCCGACUUUGAAAACCUUAUUUUCGAAGAAACAACAAAUCACAAAAAAAAAUUUGAGAAAGUUAAUAAUGUUCGCUUGAAAAAGAAAUUCAAUAUUGCAAUUCAAAAACCUCCCAGUUGAUUUUUCAUUCAUUGGAUUCAUUUUUCUCUCUUCCAGCGUUCAAAAUCUACUCGUGGGAGCCGACGCCAGCUCAAAGCGACGAACAAACCGGCUAUUGCUCCUGCAUGACGCGAAUAAAAGAGAUGAAGUACUCGCACGGUUGCUUCUCGGAAAUUAUGCCGCACGAGUAA